AUGGUUCAGAUCAGCAACAGCCUUGUGGGCUUCCUCAACUUCCUAACCCUGCUCAUCUCCUUCCCCAUCCUCGGCGCCGGGCUGUGGUUCCGUCUCCAUGCCGCGACGGAGUGCGAGAGGUUCCUGCAACUGCCUCUCCUCGUGUUGGGCGGGUUCCUCCUGGUGGUGUCGGUGCUGGGCCUGAUCGGCGCCUGCUGCCGCGUGUCGUUCUUCAUGUGGCUCUACCUCUUCGUGAUGUUCCUGUUGAUCCUCGCCAUGAUCGUCUUCACCAUCUUCGCGUUCGUGGUGACGAACAAGGGCGUGGGGGAGGCGGUGUCGGGCGUGGGGUUCAAGGAGUACCGGCUCAGCGACUACUCGGGGUGGCUGCAGAAGAGGGUGGAGAACUGGGAGACGUGGAGGCAGAUCGACGGCUGCUUGAAGGACGCACAAGUAUGCGCCGGGUUUGAGGGCUUGGCUGGUCUCCAGGCCAGCCAGUUCUUCGCCAAAAACCUAUCACCCUUACAGUCUGGGUGCUGCAAGCCCCCAACAUUCUGUGGAUUCCAGUACAAGAAUGCUACUUUUUGGACAAUUCCCACAACAGGGCUUAAAUCGACAGAUGCUGACUGCAAACUGUGGAGCAAUGACCAGGACAAGCUGUGCUACGACUGUGGCUCAUGCAAGGCAGGUGUGCUUGCAACCUUGAAGACCAAGUGGAAGGCGGUUUCCAUCUUCAAUGUUGCCCUCCUUGUGUUUCUCAUCAUAGUCUAUUCAAUUGGUUGUUGUGCUCUGCGAAACAAUAGAGCUAAGAGGCACGGGGGUUACUAUCCCUAUGCUCGUUGAUCUUUCCACCUUGGUUCAGUGUAUGCCUGUAACUUGUGGUUUCCUCACUCACAGAUGCUACAUUUUCAAAGUUCUGAAUGAUUGGCAUCACGUUUUGAUGGAGAUAUUUGCCAAACAACACAUCUUACGGGAGACUCUGAAGGUGACCCAUAAACUUCAGAGUUCUACUGAAUGAAAUAACCUAUCAAUCUUGAACGGACAGGAAAAACGAAACGCAAUGUUAUCACUCCAAUCCAGGUUUUGAUAUGUAUCCAUACUUAACAAAAGAGAGAAGAAAAGUAAAAGAUUUGGACACAAAAAAGGCAUCAUGUUUGCUAAGAGGUUAGUACUAAAGCAAUAAUUAAUUGAGACUGCACUUUAAACAGCAUUGAAAAAAAAUUUUGACCUUCAGAUAAGGACAUGGUUGGAGACAAAAAAGAAUAUCAUGGCCAACGCUUACCACACGAGCACAUGUUCUCUCUCUCUCUCUCAAAUAGCUCC